GGUCUCACCUUCAGUUGCGCUUGACCGCUGAUACAUAAGCCUAUCUUUUGACACUUUCGUUCUUCAACCUCCUCACUUCUUUUCCCAUCUACCUUCGAGCUCUCUCGUCACUCAAACCUACGGUCACGAGCGAAGAACCUGCCAGCACGGGUGUGCUAUUUCCCUAAUGGAUACCGACGACAGCAAGAUUCCCACGCACGAUGGCACAGAAUCGCCUCUGUUCGAGCCUGAGGUGCCAACAGAGCUCUUGAUACCAGAUCUACCCGCUCUGGCACCCACCGACGCUACGGAGAUAAUCGAUUUAUCAUCGCUGACCAACGAAUCUACUGGGGAAGAAGAACAUGCUUCGCCGUACAUUCAGAAGUUGAGGGUUCUUGAGGCCGAUGCCAAACAAGAGAUAUCCAACUGGGAUCCCAAAUACCUCAGUCAAAAUCCUGAUGUUACUACGGCUGCACCAAUAACGCGCACCAAGCGAAAAGCCGCCGAGAUGGAAGAUGAACCAGACAGUGAUCUCGACGACAAUGACAGCGAUGACGGGGACGAUCGUGUGCCGGCUUACGACCCAGAUCAGCAAAACCGGCCCAAGUUACCGCUCUAUCAUCCAGGCUUCAAGCUUACAGAGUCCACCGCUACCACCAUACUGUCAACUAUCGUCCAGUACAUCACCAAGUCCAUGAACAAUGGAUAUGAUGAUGCAGAAGCGAAGCACCUUCGACAUGAGAUCGUGCAGAACAACAAGAUUCCGUAUCAGGAGAUAGUCCGCAUGUCUGUAGCUGGAGAUACUGGCGCAGGCAAAUCGGCUUUGCUUAACGCCCUCCUGGGUGUGGUCAAUCUGAACGUUGAGAGUGACGGAGGAAGCGCUUGCACGUGUGUCAUUACAGAAUUUCAGCAAGCACCUCCGAGUCAGACCAAAUCGUUCGCUGCUCAGGUCGAGUUCUUUGAUAUCACUAUCUGCGUAAAAAUGAUCACGGAUCUUUUUACCCAGUGGUGCAACGCAAAGCAAAAGCAACGACAGGAUGCGGACGACCUGGACGACGAAGAUUUGGAUCAGAUCAAGACUGCACGAGACUGCCUCCAAUCUCUAUUCGCAAACCGCCUAGAGCAUGGUACAAUCGAGAACUUUCUGUCGACGGCCACAUCACCCAAGGAUCAAAAAGUUAUCAAGCAGCUGACUGUUUGGACAACGAAGAUGCACCAAGGGUUUAUCCAACCGGGCCAAAAUUCAAUCUACUUCGAGUCUAGUACCCCGGAAAAUCUUGUUGAGAUGUACCAUCCGUUCACCAAAGAAGUCACACACGCAAGCUUUCAAGGGAAGCCAUUGACCUGCUCUCCUUGGCCUUUUGUCAAGAUCGUUCGGGUCUUUUUGAAGUCGCCCAUCCUUCAACAGAACGUUAUCGUUGCCGAUGUUCCCGGCGGAGCUGAUGUUAACUACUUCCGUAAAGACACUGCAGACCGCUAUCUACAGAGCUGCCAAAUGACUAUCGUUGUCGCCAAGAUCGAUCGCAUUUCCAACGACCUCUCAUUUCGCCAGAAGUACGUUGAUGCCUUUCGAAGAAGGCGAAGUGGCAGUGUGAUCCUCGUCGGCACGAAGUCUGAUAUUAUGAACACCGAGAUCAAUUCGACAUUGAAAUUUGAUUUCGCGGCCGAGGACCAACUAGCUUCCAUUGCCAACAAAGUCAAGGAGAUCGAGAAGGACAUUCAAAUCAUUGAUACCGACAUUGCUCACAACGCGCUCGAUAAGAAUGUCAAAGCAAACAAGCCGUUGAAGACACGCAAAAAGAAGCUCACAUCGCGCAAGAAUGACCUAGCAAAACAGCGAAAAGACAUUCUCAUCGUAGCGCGCAACAAGGAAGUGACCGUAGCUAUGGGCGAAAACUAUCGCGAGGACACCCGCGAUGACGCUAUCGCGGCCAUCUACUGCGUAUCAAAUCUCAUGUACAUGCGUCAUCUGCGCGGAUACGACAAGACGGACCAAUUGGCUGUUCCAACCAUGACGCUUGAUCAGACCCAGAUCCCAGCUCUUUGCUCCCACGUCUAUACUCUGUCUUCCCGUGGAAGAACCUCAGAUCUGGAUCAUUUCGUCAGGGUCACCGUGCCUACGCUGUUGAACAUUGUGCAGAUGUCAGUUAGCACAACCACAUUAGCAAGGUUGAACCAUCUUACCGGAAUCGUACAAGGCGCUCGGAAGGACAUCGAUGCAUGCAUCAAACGACUAUCUAUGAAGUUCUAUAAGACGGACAUCAAGCUACUAUACGAUCAGCUGGCUGAUCCUGCUUUGCAAACGAGAUUUGACAAGGAGGCCAUGAAGAAACUCACCGAGUGGGAAGAUAUGAAUGCUGCCAGCCAUAGGGCUGCAUGUCGAAAGAAGGGUAUCUACGUUCAAAAGAAGAAAGGCAUUUCGAUGAACUGGAACGAGGAUUUCUUGUGGCCUGUCCAACCAUAUAUCGACGUUGCAUUCCGAACUAUCAUCGAUGAUUCAUGCGAGAUAUUCAAAGCCGAGGCAACGCAAGACAUCAAAUCGAUCAUAGCAGAGCUAGAUACUAGAUUGAAGAAUGAUCCGAAAGCUUUAGCCUGUGAUGCAUACGGUGCUUGCUUCAAAGAGAACGUUAGCCUUUUCUACGAAACCAUCGAACGGCAUGUAUCGGCAGCGGCAAAACUUCUCAAGAAAGGAAUGAUAAAAGUACACCUCAGCGCCAUCAAACUUCGUAACGAAGUCGAUUACUUCCCACGGGCAAUGUCGGACAUAUAUACUGAAGCCACCGCCAAGAAGGCUGCGGGCAAAGGCAAAACCAUGAAAAUGGCCCGCUACCAGUACCUCAAGGAAGCCAUUCCUGGCCCUAUGGGUCCGUUCGCUCAGAUCGCGGGUUACGCGAAGGCCGAUUCCGCGAAGACCAUCAAUCUUGCCUGUGACGAGCUCCAGAAGAACUUGAACAGAAUGCUGCAGAAUGUUCAGACUGAUUUCGAUCGUAUGAAGAACAGAAAGGACAACGAUACAGAGCAGGGCAAGGCGUUCCGAAAGCAGCUCCACGAGCUGGUCGAAGAGGCACGGAGGAUUCUGAACGGGGUUACCCAGGAGAGUCUCGACUUGUGCAAGCAGUACAAGUGAGAAUUGAGGGUGCUGAUGGAAUGGCCUGUCGACGUAGCAGGGGCUUGAUAUGGAUGGAGGCGGAUGAAAAGUUUCUUCUUUCGCGGGGACAUGACUGGACUUUUGCGCAGCAUCAUGAUGGCGGCACACGGUUUCAUUGCAUCUUCGCUGCGGUACCUGGCUGGGACUUUGGAUUUACUUCUCAUACAUGCUGGGAUAGCUGCAUCCCGUCGAGAUAGUACAUGUGUAUGCAAAUCAACAUCGGUCCAACUCAAGACAUUAAUCCCACAUCCUCGCUUUUGUUAGUUAUUUGAUUGGGGC